AUGGGCCGAGGCCUCCUCGUCCUCCUCCUCCACGUCCUCCUCCUCCUCAGGCGGGCGUCCGUGCCGGAACCGUCACGGGACAGCGCCGCACUCCCGACCGGCGCGUGCGACCGCAGGCAGAAAAUCCCUCUGCAGAGCGUGACGCAGCAGGGCGGCGGACAGUCAGACGGAGGAGCAGCGUUGAGAGCGACGGACACACGGCGAACGAAGAGAGGGGAGGUGUCAAUCAUCGAUGGCAUCCCCAGGCAGAUUGCGCUGCCGCACUGCCGCAACUGCGGCAGGUACAACCGGCCGCCAUGGACGAAGUGCGAGCUGGAGUCUAGAGAACUGCUCGGCGUCUGCCUGAAGAGGAUCAAGGGCAUUGGCAAGGACGUGAGGCUAGUGGACGCAUCGUUCAUUUGGACAGAGGAGCACUCCAAGAGAAUCAGAGUGAAGAUUACCGUUCAGAAAGAGGUUGAUAACUCUAGCGUGCUCCAGCAGACGAUGGUCGUGGAGUUUACGGUGGUCAAUCAGCAGUGCGAGGAGUGCCAGAGGUCCUUCACGCCGCACGCCUGGACCGCCAUCGUCCAGGUGCGGCAGAAGGUGGAGCACCGCAGGACGUUCUGUUACCUGGAGCAGCUGAUUCUCAAGAGCGACGCCCACGACAAGGUGGUGUCCUUGAAGGAAACGCGCGAGGGGUUGGACUUCCACUUUCAGCAGCGCAGCCACGCGCAGCGUUUUGCGGAUUUCGUGGCUGGCUGCGUGCCUGCCAAGCACAAGCUCUCCAGGAAGCUUAUCUCGCACGACGCGAACAGCAACGAGUACAACUUCAAGUACACAAUCAUGAUGGAGUUGUGCCCGAUAUGUGUGGACGACGUGGUGAACAUUCCCCGGGGCGAUGCCCGUCUCAGCGGCGCGCCGCCGAUCAUGCUGUGCCACAAGGUUUCCAACGGUGUCCGAUUGGUAGACCCGGUCACGUGCAACUCCCGCGACAUCCCAUCUUCAGAGUAUUGGAAAAGGCCACUCGGUUUGCCUGUGUGCACGCGAACUCAUUUACGAGAGUACGUGGUGCUGAACGUGGAGCUCGUCGAGGAGACCCACGCGGGCACGCCCGCGAGGCACCGAUUGUCGGGCCGAUCCCGCAUGGCACUCGCGGACAUCGAGGUGGCGCGGCUGCAGGACCUCGGCGUCAACGACGAGCGGCACAUCGUCCGCAGCCACCUCGGCGCCACGCUGCGGCCAGGCAACCACGUGCUCGGGUACGACCUGCGCGCCGUCAAUAUGAGCGGCCUGGACUCAGGGGGCGCGGAGACGCUGCCUGCGGACAUCAUCCUCGUCAGGAAGUUCUACAAGAGAAACAGGCACAAACGUGGCUGGAAGGUGAAGCGCUUGCAGCGGGACAACGCGGACGUCGGGCCCGCGGAGGUGGUAGAUGAUGCAGCAGACAUGGAGGCCAUGCUGCAGGACUUAGAGGAGGAUCCUGAGCUCCGGAAGGGCGUGAACAUGUACAGGGCUCCCGUCGGCAAGGCGGCCGCCCCCGCCCCGGACGCGGGCACCGGCGACCAGGCCGACGGCGAGGGCGACGACGAGGACGCGGAGGACGAGGAUGCCCCCGAGGUGCCCCUCGCGGAGCUCCUCGAGGCCCUCGAGCUGGGCGACGACGACGACCGGGUGCUCCCCGGCCUCGCGGCCCCGAGGACGACCAACCAGUGA